GUACUGUAAAGCCUAGGGAGUAUUGAAACAAACGUGUGAUGAUUCAGAAAUGAGCCAAGGAGAAGAGCUUCAUUCGACCCUUUGGCCAGCGAUACUACAAGUUCCUUAGACCCUCUCACUAGCCCAAUGUUCGAGGAACCCUAGCCGUGCUUAUCACCCAACAUGGUAUAUUUGAGGGUCUAUCAAGCAAGAUCCAUCUUCGAUGGAACAAAAGACUUUCCUAGCAGCCAGCCCAAUCAAUACUGCAAAAACUGACUCCGGUAAUGAGAUUGGCCUCUGCGCCCCAUUGUCACAGGCGGUAAUUGGCAACUCCGGUAUUGGCUAUGAAACAACCCUUCAACUCGCUCUCAAGGGCGCUAGAGUCUACAUCGCCAGCCGCUCAAGCGAAAGAGUCAACAAAGCCAUCUCCGAGAUGCGACGGAACAGUCCGGACUUAGAUAUUCACUUCCUCAAGCUUGAUCUUCAAGAUCUUCAGAGUAUCAAGGACACUGCUGCUGAUUUCAUGAGUCGCGAGAGUCGCCUUGAUCUGUUGAUCAACAACGCUGGCAUCAUGGCUAGUCCCUGGCAAUUGACAAAUGACGGCUUUGAAGUCCAAUGGCAGACUUGCUUCCUCUCUCACCACGCCCUCACCAUGUCAUUGAUGCCUCUCCUCGUCGCAGCCGCUCAAACCAGUGGUCGCAUGGACCGUGUGAGAGUUGUUAAUGUUGCUAGCGACAUGGCUUUCAGAAUGGGACCGGAAGCCAUCAAUUAUGAGGAUCCCAACCUCACCGGUGUCACUGGGCAGCUAGCACCAUGGAGGAGAUAUGGUCACUGCAAGCAAGCCAGCAUCAUCGCCGCGAAAGCCAUAACAGAACGCUACCAGCCGCUCGGCGUAACAGCAUACUCCCUUCACCCAGGUAUCAUCAAGUCCGGUCUCCAAUCUCACUCGAACAGCAUCUUUGGUGCCAUGACCCGUGUGGCUAUGAAAGUCGGCCCAACAUCUACACCACUCGAAGGAUCAAUGAACUCGCUGUUCUGUGCUACAAGCUCUCAAGCUUACGAGCAUGCUGGGAGAUAUUAUGUUCCUGUUCAGAAGCUGGAUGACAAGGCUAAUAAGUGGCUGGAUGAUCCUCAGGCUGUUGGCAAACUUUGGGACUUGGCGAAUGCUUUUCAUGCAUUCCGUUUCUUUGACUGUUGCGCCCAACCUCCAUCAAGUUCUGAGUUGGAUCUUGCUAGAGAAUAUAACAUUACGCUCACAACCAAAGUGAAAACUAUCAUGGUA